CAUGUUCACUAUCGAUAACUGCUCCCCUCUCAGCCCCUCCCCCACUGGUCUAUAAAUGCCCAGGCAGGGCCAGUGCCCCGUCAGGCUGCACUUGGACCGACCCGGCACCAGAGCAGCUCCCCAGCGACAAUCAGGGAAGCGAGACGAUGGGCCCAGUCGCCUUCUUCAGCCUCUGCCUCCUCGGCUGCCUGAUCUUUAACCCCUCGCUGGAAGCCUCGCCCCGACGUGAGCGCUCUCUCCCAACUGGAUCGGGGAGAAAGGCCUCAGGCUGUCGCCAUGGCUGGAUGCACUACGGAGACCACUGCUUUAGGUUCUUCCCACAGAAGGUGACCUGGUCGGCGGCUGAGGUGCAGUGUCAGCAUCACCAUCCCAGUGCCCAUCUGGCCUCCAUCCUCAGUGAGAGAGAAAGGGACGUAGUGGCCCAUUACCUGAGCAUGUCGACCUCCUAUGCCCGUGUCUGGAUCGGACUCCACAACCCCAACAAGGACAGAACCUGGGUGUGGACAGAUGGCUCCCUCUUUCGCUAUGAUUCUUGGAAUCCUGGGGAACCAAACAACAGGGGAGGCAGGGAGUUCUGUGUCGAGGUGUGGGCUCACACCGGUAAGCAAAGUCUCAAACACACCUGCUCCAGCAAAGGAGCCCCAUCAGGACCCUGCGUGCACCACACAGCCCGCUGAGGGCCUGGCCUCCUGUCCCGUCUCCCUGCCUCUCCCCCGGCUCCCCCAGCUGAUCUCUGUGACACAGGAAAUGUCUGUUUCCAUGGUAGCAUCUCUAAGGUCCAAGUACCCACAUCCAACUAGUCUUCCCUCUAAUUCACCGUCCAUGUGCCUCCCAGCCCUGGCCGGUCCUACUUGUCACUGGCCAACUGCUCCCACACGCCCGGACAAGUUCACGCCCAGCCGUUUGGCCUGGGAUUGUUUAACCCCUUUCUGGCCACGGCUCACACGUC